AGCACCACUUCUCAGAACUGUAUCCCCCCGACCACCAUCCAGCACGGCCCUCUCGGACCGCGCUCCCAGGACAACUACUUAGCCCCGACGCCCCCACAGAACCGCUCACUCAGCACCUCCCCCACCACCGAACCACCACCCGGCAUCGCCCUCCCAGCACCCCUCCCAGUACCGCCCCCAGCCCCCCACUCAGCUCCGCUCCCCAGUACCCCAACCUUGCACCGCCCACCAGCGCGGCCGUGGGCGGGACGGGAAACGCCGUCCGAGGAGACUGAACCUGGAGUCGCCUGGCGCCGGGCCAAUGACAGGCCAGGAGCGCGGCGCCGCUUGGGGCCGGAAGUUCCUGCGUUCCAGGUCAGCCAGUCCCCGCCCGGGCCGGGGGUCGCGCACCCGCGUCACCCGGCCUUUCCGGAGCUAGGGGGCCGAGACCGGGGGGCUGGGCCCCUGCUCCGCCCGGCACCCCAGAGACGCGGCCAGGUCAGCCCGCGCCUCGUGUCGCACGCCGGCAUCAGCCGGGAGCCCCAGGCCCGCCGUGCCCCGGGUCAGGCGAAGCUGACCGGUCUCCGCCGACUCCGCUGCGAGCCCGGGCACGGAUGGCGGCAUUGGGCGCUGACCCGUCUCCAGCGGCUCCGCUGCGAGCCGGGGCAGCGAUGGUGGUGGCGGCGGCGCUCAGGGCCCCGGCACAGGGCUGUGUGACCUUUGAGGACGUGACCAUUGACUUCUCCCAGGAGGAGUGGGGGCUCCUUGAUGAGGCUCAGAGGCUUCUGUACUGCGAUGUGAUGCUGGAGAACUUUGCCCUCAUAGCCUCGCUGGGUCUGACGUCUUUCAGGUCUCACAUAGUUGCCCAGCUGCAGAUGGGGGCAGAGCCGUGGGUGCCUGACAGGGUGGACAUGACGUCAGCCAUGGCAAGAGGGGCAUACAGUGGACUUGUCUCCGGUUUUGGCUGUGGAGCGGAGGGUGAGUGUAGUGUGUCUGCAGAAGGAGUGUCACAGGACAGGAAGCUCAAAGUGGCUCUGUGUAACCAGAAGGACGACUCCCAUGACACAUGUGGCCUGCACUUGAAAGAUGUUUUGCACCUGACCGAACACCAGGCAACACAUCCCAGGCAGAAACCAGAUGCGUGUGAGGCAUCUGGGAAAGGGUCAGAGUCCAGUGCAAACCUUCAGCAGCAGCAGAACAUAGACAAGCCUGUCAGAAGGGAUGAGGAUAGGGCCUCCCUUGUGAAGAGCUGCAGAGAUGACACAUCAAAGGAGCCUCUCACAGUCAGGGAGAAUGGGAAGGACUUCGGCGGCGGUAUGGCCGCAUCCGGCUUUCUCCAGCGCCAGGUCAUUCACAGAGUGGAGGAGCCUCCCCAGAGCACUGGUGCACAAAAUCAUAACAAGUGUGGUGAAUUUGGGAACGCUUUCCCUGACAAACCCGCACCUGUUCGGCACCAGAGAACCCACACGGGGGAAAGGCCUUUUGAGUGCAACAAAUGUGGGAUAUUCUUUAGCCACGUGUCCGGUCUCUCUCAGCACCAGAGAGAUCACAACAGAGGAAAGCCUUAUGAGUGCUGCGAAUGUGGGAAGUUCUUCAGCCGACACUGUAGUCUCGUGAGACAUCAGAGAGUUCACACUGGGGAAAGCCCUUAUGUGUGCAGCGAAUGUGGGAAAUUCUUUAGCCGAAGCUCCAACCUCAUUCAGCAUAAGAGGGUGCACACUGGAGAGAAGCCUUAUGAGUGCAGUGAGUGUGGCAAGUUCUUCAGCCAGCGCUCCAACCUCAUUCAUCAUAAGCGGGUCCAUACGGGCAAAAGCGCUCAUAAGUGCAGAGAGUGUGGGAAGUCUUUCAACUGCAACUCCAGCCUCAUUAAGCACUGGAGGGUUCACACUGGAGAAAGACCUUAUAAGUGCAAUGAAUGUGGGAAAUUCUUCAGCCACAUCGCCAGUCUCAUCCAACAUCAGAUCGUCCACACUGGUGAACGGCCUUACAGGUGCAGAGAAUGUGGGAAAGCCUUCAGCCGGAGCUCUGACCUCAUGAAGCAUCAGAGAGUCCACACUGGGGAGCGGCCUUAUGAGUGCAGCGAAUGUGGGAAAUUGUUUAGCCAGAGCUCCAGCCUCCAUAGCCAUCGGAGACUUCACACAGGGGAACGGCCUUAUCAGUGCCCCGAAUGUGGGAAAUUCUUUAACCAAAGCUCCAGCCUCAGUAACCAUCGGAGGCUUCACACCAGUGAGCGGCCUUAUGAAUGCCUUGAAUGUGGGAAAACCUUCAGGCAGAGGUCUAAUCUGAGGCAACACCAGAAGGUUCACAAACCAGACAGGUCAUAUAAGUGCGGUGAAUGUGGAAAAGCCUUCAGCCAGAGGCCUACCCUCGUCCGGCACCAGAAAAUUCACAUGAGAGAAAGGAGUGCAGUGAGUGUGCACCCUCUUCCAGCACAACGAUGUGCACAGGUGAUAAGCUCUGAGAACAGUCUUUAGGAGGGGGCCAUCAACCAGAGGAUGAACCUUGUUCAUCCCAAUGUCCACAAUGGGCAGAGUCCCUAUGAAUGCUAGUUCUGCUGGAAGCUUUCUGGAACAAAGCAGCAUUUUUCUCACCAUGGAUUCUACCAGAGCUUUGCCACUGCGAGUGUUUGAGGUAGAAGCCAUAGAGCUCUGGCAGGUCUCCUAGAAUAUGUUUCAGCCAGUCCCUGUAUUCGGACUUCUUCCUUUUCUUAGAGGGAAUCCCGAGUAGCCUGAGGCCAAAGGAAGAUGUCAUUCCUUCCCUCUGUGACCAGCAUAGCUAUGGACAUGACCCCCAUAUCUUUGACUGUGAAGACCUGAGCUGGGUUCUGCAGGCGGCUUGCAGAGAAGGUUUCCCUUCUUUCAAAGACAUGGCUGAUCUCAUACGAUGCUCAUGAUGGAUUUAUCCAGACUCCACAUUAUCCAUCCCAACAAUCACCUACUUUACAUUGCCUUAAUGAUCAAGCCACCUUUAAUCCAAUGUGUUUUGAUCACUGUGAAGUGGGUUGAGAACGCAGUUGAGGUCUACCAAACGAAAAGGGUUUCUAAGUGUAUUGCCUCGGAGAAAGAGCAGGAUGGUGGAGAAUAGCUCUCGGUCCAGAUUUGGCCUCCUUUGUGUUGCUACUCAAGGUCUCCUGGGAAAGAUGGUAGGACUUUGUGGGCCUAAUGUUGGGAUCUGAGUGGCAUGAAUUUUUGUGAGCCAGGGAUGACCCUGAGGACGGGGCAGUUGUGACAACCUCCUCUGCAUCUGGGAGCGGCAUGAAUAGGGCCCUGUGUUUCUAUGGGAUGCCUCAUGUUCCCUAGCACUGUUAAGUAGACACUGUUUACCUGACACUUGCCAAGGAGCCAUUUGUCUUGAAGUUUAGCCUCUGGUAGACAGGUGUCCUAAUUGUCGGAUUUACUGGCCCAGUUGAGACCAUAAUUUGUAGAAACACUGGGCGUGAGAGUAGAAUAGGCGAGUCUGUAGCAAGCUAGAGGGAAUGUGCCUGUUCUAAAAGUACAUCCACGAAUGUUCCUUUGAAUAUGACUGUGCAGGACUCAGGCUUUGCAGAAAUUCUCAGGACCUCCAGACCUCUGUCCUAUGACUUAGGUCACUGACAGAGCAAAUAUCUAAAGGUUUUGUGGGUACCAAGGCUCCCUGCACUUUUCGUGCCACAGCUGUUGCUGCUUUGGCGGGAGAAUGGGGCUGAGAGAAGGCAGAUCCUGUACUCCAGGGGUGUAGCAUUUGUCACAUAUCCAUUUUUGCUGCCAAGGCAUGAAAGAGAGAGAGAGAGUCAAUGUAGGAUUGCCAAAUCCUCUAAUUUCUGACAUGAACGGGAGAUCAGAUUUUUAUGUGCAACAAUUUCUUUAAAUGCUUUGUUGAGAUACAUUUGUCAUGCAACAGUCGUACGUAUUUGAUGUGCACUGUUUAAGAAGUUUUUCAGUAUAUAUACACUCAGGGAACCAACACAGAACCAUGACAAUGGACCUAUCUGUCACCCACAAAGCUACCUCAUGCCCUUUACUAUCCCUCCUUGCCUUCCUAGUAAACCAUUGAUUUCCUUUUCUUUCUUUCUUUUUUUUUAACUACAGAUUUGCUUGCCUUUCUUAGAAUUUUAUACAACUGGAAUCAUAAAGUAUUUAUACCUUAUUUUUGGUCUAUUUUCUUUCACAAUGUAAUCAUCUGAAGAAUUAUCCAUGCUGUAUGUAUGAACAGGUCAUUCUUUUUGCUGUUGCGUAGUGCUCUCAAAUGAAUCCAUCACAAUUUUUUAUGCUUUAUUUUUUUAAUUAAAAAAUCUCUGGCAAAAUACACAUAACAUAAAAUUUACCAUCCAGACCAUCUCUAAGUGCAUAGUUCAGGAGUAUUAAGUACAUUCAUUUUGUACAGCCAUCACCACCAUUCACAUCCCGAGCUCUUUUCAUCUUGCAAAACCAAAAGUCUGUAGCCAUUAAAUAAUAACUUCAAAGUCUCUCCCCCCUGCCAAGCCCCUGGAAACUGCCCUUCUACUUUCUGUCUUUCUGAACUUGACUACUUCAGGUACCUCCUAUGAGGAGAGUCAUCUAGUAUUUGUCUUUUUGUGGCUGGUUUAUUUCACUUAGCGUAAUGUCCUCAAGGUUCAUCCCUGUUUUAUGCCAUGUGUCAGAAUUUCCUUUCUUUUUAAGGCUGAAUAAUAUGCCAUUGUAUUUCUGUGCCAUAUUUUGCUUAGUCACUCAUCUGUCAAUGGUUAUUUGGUUUACUUCCACCUUUUAGCUGUUGUGAACCAUACAGCUAUGAACAUGGGUGUACAAAUAUCUCUUUGAGACCUUGCUUUCUAUUGUUGUUUUAUUUUUUAAGAUUGUAUUUAUUUGAGAGCAAGCAAACAGGAGAGAAAGAGGAGUAGGGUGAGGGGCAGUGG